ACCCGUUAGCGCCGUGAACGCAUUGUUACUGUUGCCUCUUCAGUCGGUCUGGGAAUACGAGGAACAUCGGAUCUGCAUCUGACGCUAAGCGACGACGCGGGUGAAGGUUCUCUGCGGCACCGGUGGCUCCGGGGCCGAGGAGGAGUGCCCAUCGGUUCCGUCUGCAGAGCACGUCGCAAUCCCGCUUGUCACCUGACUGCUGAGUUUUCACAAACAAUGCUGGCAUCUGACACGGCGCCUAUCUGGGUUCUCCAAGCUCACGGCUGGUCUUAGCUGCAGCAAGCAGCGGUGCGAGGGUGGUUGCGCGGUGUGGGUCCGGAGCUGCCUGGUUUGUGCCGGCAUUGCGACAGUUUCUGCGUCGCUGGAGGCAGCUGCCAGGGAAAGCCCCUGUCUGUUGCAAAAAAAGGGGGACUCUUCCGUUCCUGCAGCCCUACUUUCAUCAAACUCCCAAACCCGUUGCCAAGCGACGUGUUUCCAGCAACAAUGGUGGCCGACAGCUCGGAGCUGGCGGUACCGAACCAGUGUCUUUCAUUUUGCGGUGACAGCGAUCUAAGGCCCAGGCGUCCUUCGCUACAAGCUGGUCUGUCUGAGUGCGCUGGAGUGGGAAAACGCGUUGAACCAACCACAAAGCUGCCUAAAUGGAAGCUCACCCGGCCUGCCGUGCUUCUUCAAGCCGGCGCGGCGCGCAGCAGCACAGCGGCGGCGCCAGGCAGCCGCAACCUGGAGAAGUGGGUCAUCGGCGCAGCGUGCGUGGCCACGACGUUCAUGACGGGUGCGACGUUACGCACAAUAGGUUUUCUCUUCGUCAACUUCCUGGGCCAGUUUGGAGCCACGAGGCAGCAGACGGCGUGGUCGGUCAGUUUCACCUCAGCAGGUGUAGCGUUCUCCGGAGUCCUCUGUAAGUUCCUGCUUCGGUGGUCACCCCCCUGGCCAUUGAUCAUGAUCGGUUCAGCCUGCCAACUGGCUGGGAUGUUUGGCGCCUACUGUGCCACGAACGUCACUGUCUUGGCGGUCACCUUUGGCCUGCUCCACGGCAUUGGGGCCGGCCUCGUGUUCGUGCUGACCGGUACGUUCAUCGAGCGUACUUUCGUCACCAAGCGGCGUCUCGUGAUGCAGCUGAACAUGGUGGCGUUCUGCAGUGCUGGAUCUUUCUUCCCACGCAUACUGCUGUACAUUGCGCAGGAAUUUGGCUAUUCGUGGAUGAUGCUCUUUCUUGCCGGAGUUUUGCUCAACGUACCGGUCCUCUGCGUGCUUUUCAGACCCAGGCGGAAGCUUGAAGAAAACAAUAACGUCUUGCCUUCAAAAGCAGCGCAGAAAAUUUUCAGUGUCGAGCAGGGAACCAAGCUGAGCUCUUCAGAAAGUGUCGGUGAUCCAGUCCCGGAAUCCAUAUUUGCCAAACCCCUAUUUUACGUCACAGCACUGACGCACCUGAUUUUCUUUUACGUCAUCAAUCUCUUCGCAAGUAUCUCCGUGGACACGAUUUUAAGCAAAGGCAUUCCUGUCAUCUUUGCGAUCACCAUCGCGCCGUCGGUCUCAGUACUGGACUGCAUCGGCCGCGUUGUGAUGCCCUUGGCCACCGAGAAGGGGUACGUCAAGAGAUCGACACUUGUAAUGAUGGACUACUUUUUCAUUGGCGUGGGAUUUGUUCUGAUCUCACUGAUCCGGAGUUACCCCGCAAUGCUGGCCACCUGCCUCGGCUUCGGCGUCUUCAGCGGCCACGCAAUUGCUGUGCACAACUCGCUGAUGGGUGACGUUGUUGGAGCCGAGCAACUCAACUUGAGCAACGUGAUAGUAACCUGCAUCGCCACAGUGUCCUUCCUUACGAAGCCUCUACUCUUCGGUUUCUUCAGAGACAUGCAGGGCUCUUAUGACAACCUGUACCGCUUGAUGAGUGGCCUCAUGUUCCUGAAUGCGUUGGUUUGGCUGGUCGUAAAUCUCACGGAAAGGUUCCGUAAGAAGCGAAAGUGGACAACGAGCAGUUCUGAGCUCCAGUUGUGUGACCUUCCCACACUGACUGGCUACCAAGUCAUGGAUCUGACGUCGUUGAUGGCGUGAUGCUGCUGACGCUCAAGCAAAAGCGUUUCGCCACCUAGUCAAGUGCAAGCGACCAAAUAGUGGUGCUGGAGCCACAAAGUUGAUAAGCAUAAUAGGGAACUACAGAUGAAUGUUCGUCCCUCUUGCGUAUGUCGGAAAGCGGUUUACGAUAGCCAGUCCUGAUAGCAUUUUCGAAUACCAAGGGCUCGUUGCGUGGAAUUACCUCCAAGGAAUAAUAAUUGCAUACAGAUGCGUGUGUGCGACGUUCUUUUCAUCAUAGUGUGCAGGGGCGUAGCUGUAGGUAUGCCAAACGAUGAUCACAAACUCGUGCCGAUUGAUCUACUUCAAGAAAAACGUCGCAUCCUCGCAAGAAAAAAUCAUACGCAUGUGGAAUCAAAGACUGAAGUGGUUUCUCUGUCUUCUUAUGGCAGCGUUCAUGUAGUGCAUUUUCAUUGUCCAUGCUUUGGCAUUCGCCUUAACGCGCGCUAAUUCCGCUAGCUCAGGUACUUGGUUGUGACCCUUUGACGCGUGUCUUGCCUUUUUAUUUUUUUGCUAGAUAUACAGCAUAAAAUGGGUGUGGCAGGUGUUCUUGAAGUCAUUACAGUUACGACGUGUCGCGGGCGGAAGGCCCAUACAGCUAUGAUCUUGAUCAACUAUAUACAAUGCGUGAUAACCUUAGUGCACAAAAGAAUCUGAAACAUAUUAUGUAGCAAUUUUUAUUUCUCAACAAUGGUACCAAUAACUAUGGGCGUUCGUUAUCAUGCAAUUGAAAUUAAAUAACGACAGCAAAUCACAUUGCACAAAGUGCAAGAAAACGUAAUUGGUGCAAUAUUGUCAUAGUUCCCCGCCGACGCUUUUUUUUCGUAUAUCCUGAACUCCUUGUCACCUACAGUUUUAUGGUAGGUCAUGAAGGCACUGCAGUCAUUUCUGUGAUAACUUUGUACACAUUGAGGUGACCGUUUCCACGCCACCUCGUCGUCUUUUCAUAAAUGUUUCUUUUCAGUUUUUGUCACAUUUGUUGUGUCUGUGAUCUUAACAUUGUUAGGUUUGAGUCAUUUUAGUCAUGUGUGUAUGGAUACUCCAGAUGCGCACGUCUGCAAAUUCACAGAAAGGACGUUAUGAAUUACGGUUGAGACAUGUAGUUUGUCUUGGAGAGCCUGUAAUAACCUAUUUUUGUUUGAAUAAAGGCUCUCCAAUCUUGUGACGUGGCACGCAUGGCGCAGACUGCAUACCAUGAAACUGUUGUCAUCUUUCGCCCGUUUCGCACAAUACCUUUGCUGCAUAUUUGUACAAAUAAAGCUGGUAUAACAAUCG